AGACAGACCAGACAGCUGUUCCCAGCUGCCAGUUCUACAGCCACCGGCUCUCCUGUCCCUGUCCUGAGAAGCAUGACCCAGCUCAAAGAGACCCCCGCCAGGGAUCUGGACAGGUUCAUCGAAAACUAUCUCCUGCCAGACACGCCGUUCCGCAGGCAGGUCAAAGAAGCCAUUCACAUCAUCUCCACUUUCCUGAAAGAGAGAUGUUUCCAAGGUGCAGCCCACCCUGUGCGGGUGUCUAAAGUUGUCAAGGGUGGCUCUUCAGGCAAAGGCACGACCCUCAGAGGCCGAUCAGAUGCCGACCUUGUGGUCUUUCUUAACAAUCUCAGGAGUUUUCAGGAGCAGCUCGAGAAACGAGGACAGUUCAUUUGGGAAAUUAAGAGGCAGCUGGAAGCCUGUCAAAGAGAAGAAACCUUUCAAGUGUACUUUGAGGUCCAGAGUCUGCAGUGGGAGAAGCCCCGCGCCCUCAGCUUUGUCCUCAGGUCCCCCCAGCUUGGUGAGGGGGUGGAGUUUGAUGUGCUGCCUGCCUUUGACGUCCUGGGUCAGUGGACCAAUAACCACAGACCCAACCCUCAAGUCUACAUCAAGCUAAUCCAAGAGUGUGAGAACCUGGGGACAGAAGGCGAGUUCUCCACCUGCUUCACGGAGCUGCAGCGAGACUUCCUGAGGCAGCGUCCAACCAAGGUGAAGAGCCUCAUUCGCCUCGUCAAGCACUGGUACCAAAAGUGUAAGCAGAAGCUUGGGAAGCCCCUGCCACCUCAGUAUGCCCUGGAGCUCCUGACAGUCUAUGCCUGGGAGCGUGGAAACAACCAAACAGAAUUCAUCACAGCUGAGGGAUUUCAGACCGUCUUGAAAUUAGUCCUGAACUACCAGCAGCUUUGCAUCCACUGGACAAAGUAUUACAACUUUGAAACCCCGAUUAUCAAACAAUACCUGAUGAGGCAGCUUGCAAAACCCAGGCCUGUGAUUCUGGACCCUGCUGACCCGACGGGAAACGUGGCUGGUAGAGACAGAUACAGCUGGCAGCGGCUGGCACAGGAGGCCAGAGUUUGGCUGAGUUACCCAUGCUUUAAGAAAUGGGAUGGGUCUCCAGUGGGCUCCUGGGACGUGCUGCUCGAAGAAGACUAUGAGGACAAUUGGAUAACCUCUGAACACAGGACAUAUUCAUACCAUGAUUAUGGUUGGCGCCCUGUAUCCUCUGGGAGCCUCAACACAGGCAUGACACAGUCCAUUCCCCAGCAGGAAGAAAACUGGAUGUGUACCAUCCUCUGAAUGCCUGUGCCCUUUAGGAGAAAGAGCUCUGGAAUCAUCCAGGCCAGCCCCUUCGUUUGGUGUUCGGGAGAGUUCCCUUGAUCCAGGGGGCAGAAGACUGCUCUGACCCCAAGGGCUAGCUGAUGCCAGACCUCAGGCCAGAAUGCAGGUCCCCUGCUCCCUCUUCCCCUAGUCUAUGCCCUUUCUCCUCUCAGAGAUAACGUUUCCCUGUAGCCCUACCCUGCUCCAGCCUGUUCUCUGACAAUAAUCACGGAGACACAAUCAGAGAGCCUUAACCUUCUUCUGUGUUCCUAAUGGGAGGGUUAUAGUCCCAACAAUCGUCAACAACAAUAAAAAGAAUAGCAAAUACCA